GGCAACAAGGCGCGCGGCGGCGGGGGCUCCCCACCUUUCGCUCUAGACCUCGCCCCCUACGGCUCCGCUUCCGGGGAGGCCUAGGGCGGUAGCGGAAGUGGGCCUGGCCGGGCGGGGCGGCGGGGGCGGGCCGCGAGCGCCGUUCCUCCCGAGCGGCGGAGGGGCCUGGGCGGAAGACGCUGGGCGCGAGGCCGGAGCGAGCGCCUCCCGGCCGGCGGGGCGUGAGGCCGCAGGUCCCCCUGUUCUCACAGAGGCGCGUGUCAGUGGAUUUCGGGCCACUACCUGGCGUGGCUUCAUCUUUACAUCUGUGAAGACCCCCUUUCCCAGCAAGGUCCCGCCUCCAGGAAGCACCAGGACAGCCCGCGGAGCCCUUAGCACUGAAUCCCCUGCCCCACCCUCCCCUGCACCGCCUGCGGAGCUGUUCCGGGAAGAGCCGGUCUCCAGGGAGGCCGGGGACACUGAGUCUCCCAUCCCCUCGGCUGGCGGCUGACAGCGGCGUCCUGCCCGGGGCCCCUCUGCAGAGGCAGCGCCAGGGAGCGUGCGGACCAGGCGGGGGGCCGCCAUGUCCAACCCCUUCCUGAAGCAAGUGUUCAACAAGGACAAGACCUUCCGCCCCAAGCGCAAGUUCCAGCCGGGCACCCAGCGGUUCGAGCUGCACAAGAAGGCGCAGGCGUCGCUGAACGCGGGGCUGGACCUGAAGCUGGCCGUGCAGCUGCCCCCCGGCGAGGAGCUCAGCGACUGGGUGGCCGUGCACGUGGUGGACUUCUUCAACCGCGUCAACCUCAUCUACGGCACCAUCGGUGACGAGUGCACGGAGCAGUCCUGCCCGGUCAUGUCCGGCGGCCCCAAGUACGAGUACCGCUGGCAGGACGAACACCAGUUCCGCAAGCCCACGGCGCUGUCGGCCCCCCGCUACAUGGACCUGCUCAUGGACUGGAUCGAAGUGCAGAUCAACAACGAGGAGCUCUUCCCCAGCCACGUCGGCACGCCGUUCCCCAGGAACUUCCUGCAGGUGGUGAAGAAGAUCCUGUCCCGGCUCUUCCGCGUGUUUGUGCACGUCUACAUCCACCACUUCGACCGCAUCGCGCAGAUGGGCUCCGAGGCGCACGUCAACACCUGCUACAAGCACUUCUACUACUUCGUCAAGGAGUUCGGCCUCAUCGACACCAAGGAGCUGGAGCCGCUGAAAGAAAUGACUGCGCGGAUGUGCCACUGAGCGCCGCUCAGCCCCGCGGCCACCGAGGCAGUGCCCAGGAGACAGAGGGCCACGUCUCCGGAACAUGUGCCCGUGCUUUCUAGAAAGCCCAGCAAGUGAUCAAGCUCCGUGCUGUCUGGCUGCGCUGAGUGCCGGGGUCCAGUCCUCCCCAGUCCAGAUGCAGCAGCCGUGGGUCUGCACACGGCCACCCUGAGCCGUCUCCUCGGCCGGCAUUGAACUUGGUCUCCAUGGUUGUAUGUGCUGAGCACCUGGGAAAACCCACUGUGUUUGUAAACCACUGGCGUCUGCCCUGUGGGACAGCGCAGACCUGGGCCCCAUGGGCAGCCAGCGCCUGGGGGCCCCGCAUCUGCUUCACAGCAGGUACGACAGGGACCCCGCAUCUGCCUCCCAGCCUCCCCGGGCCCUUUGAGGAUCAUGAACGAUACGAUUUUGCUUUUCCUGUGAGUGAGUCCGCCCCACCUUUAGAAAAUCCCCCUCGCCCGUCUGAACAGCAGGCUGAGUCAGGGAGCUCCCGCG